CAUAACCUGGUUUUAGUUCAUUGGAAGGUGCCUGGAACUCAGGAAGCCUGACAAACUAAUAAUUCACUUUAACUAAUUGCAGCAGGACUUUCCUGCUUCGAGACUUCCUCUUAAGUAACUUUGCAUAAAUAUAUUUCCGCGGUAGAGACGCUGAGCAGGGCUGUGUGACAGACUGGUGCUAGCGCAGUGCUUGGUUAGGGAUGUGGGGAGGUGUCUUCUGGGCUAGUAGAAGCCCAGAGUGUGCCCUCUGUGCUGGAGUUGGAGCGCUUUUGCUGAGGAGGUUUCAUUGCAGGUUGACUUGAAAUAAGCAGUUCCUGUAGUAUGAUGGCUUUGCUGACUAAAGGUUUGUUUAUGUACUAACUUACGCACCGAGUGCUUUGCUGUAGUAUAAAACUCUUCACUGUGAAGUAAAAUCUUCCACGUGCAGAGUUGAUCCUCUCGAUUUCUGCAGGCUGAAGAGGGAAAUGAUAUCACCAAUUCUUCUCUGAUUCUCCACAGAAAAGGAAAGUUGCCUUUUGUGAGAACACUUGGCUCUGGCCCCUAAAAAAGCUGUUGAGGAUGAGUGUUGAGGGCAAUAGCAACUUUGGCACUGCAGUGUGAUCCUCUGUGCAUCAGUGCUCAGGAGAGCCAGAGUCACAAGGGAAGUCAGACACAGGUGCAGAAAGUGGCAGCAUUUCAUGUGGCCCGAAGGAGGCUGUGAAAUCUAGUGGAAUGAUUCCCUGUGCAGCUGAAACUAUGUUAGUUGACUGCCGCUAAUGGCAUGGUGAGAUGUGUUGAAGAGCAGCUGCCAGGGUGUCCGACAGCAAGGGGACCACUCUAGAAGCGGGGCUUGCAACAUCAUGGGCCAGUGUGUCACGAAGUGCAAGAAUCCUUCUUCUACCCUUGGCAGCAAAAAUGGGGAAAGGGAAUCCGGCAGCAAGUCACAUAGUAAGAGAAGUGCAAUCCACAAAGAUGACCAUGGUUCAGCUUGUGGGAAGUCUUCGGGAGAUAUACUUGUGAAUGGGACAAAGAAAACGGACGCUGCUGUAGAGUCUAGUCAGCCCCCAACGUUUUCUGGAGAUACAAAGAAAGACUCUGUUACCAGUGCAGAAGAAUCUUCGCUCCAAAGGAUUGGGGAGUUAUUUAGGAGGUAUAAGGAUGAACGGGAAGAUGCCAUACUGGAAGAAGGAAUGGAACGAUUUUGCAAUGACCUCUGUGUUGAUCCCACUGAAUUUAAAGUGCUAGUUUUGGCUUGGAAAUUCCAGGCUGCUACCAUGUGCAAAUUUACAAGGAAGGAGUUUUUUGAAGGCUGUAAAGCAAUAAACGCGGACAGCAUUGACGGCAUUUGUGCAAGGUUCCCCAGCCUCUUAAAUGAAGCCAAGCAGGAAGACAAAUUCAAGGAUCUCUAUCGUUUCACCUUUCAGUUCGGCCUGGACUCUGAAGAAGGACAGAGGUCACUACAUCGGGAAAUAGCCAUUGCCCUUUGGAAACUAGUCUUCACUCAAAACAAGCCCCCCAUUUUGGACCAGUGGUUACAUUUCCUCAUUGAGAACCCCUCAGGAAUCAAGGGAAUCUCCCGGGACACGUGGAACAUGUUUCUAAAUUUUACUCAGGUGAUUGGACCGGACCUUAGCAACUACAGCGAAGACGAGGCCUGGCCGAGUCUCUUCGAUACCUUUGUGGAGUGGGAAAUGGAGCGAAGGAAAAAGGAAGAGGAAACCAAAUGUAUUGCAUCUUCGGACACAGAGGGCCUGUGUGCGGAGGAACAGACUUAGCAGCAUUGAAGUGGCAGUGACAAAACCAGCCUAUUGCCCUUCAUAAAAUGUAAACUCUGGAUGUUUCUGGAAGUAACCGAGGCUCCAGAUUUUUCUACUUUACACCUUUUUCUGCCUUGUCUUUGAAAGGGCUCUAAAAUGCUGUAUCAUGUUUUAGGCACUUUCUUAAUUUUGGUUAUUCCUUUUAUUCUUGCCCUGAAAUAUUUGACCCUGGCUACAAGUUAAGCAUUUUUGGGGUUUUUUUAAGACUUCAGAUUAGUAUAAGUAAGUCUGAUAUUUCUUGCACAAUGUAGAUCUUUUUAGUUAGGUUAAAUUAACAUUGCUAAAUUAUACAGUGCCAGAUUAAGUUUUUCAUACUACAUCUGUCAGGGCAGGUCUGUACUGCGUGUAGUGCUGUUUACAUUGUUGAAAUUUUAGGCUGUAAUAACUUUAAGGUUUUAUACCAAGAUGAACAGCAGUGUUAACUGUUAACUAUAAAUGCAUUAAUCCCCUGGGUAAUAAGGCUCUAAAGUCCAACAUAAGCGACAGCUUUUUGUGAUAUGGCUAAUUCCCAUUUGAAGCUAACUCUUAGUGAAUGAGUCCAGAUCAUUCUGUUUUUUUGGAGUUUCAAAGUAAAUGUUGGGAUUGUUUUAUAAAAUUACUGUACCUGUCAGUCAACUGAGUGGUAGAUGAUGAUUUGUAUCUAAAUCUCUUACACAUCACAUAAUAAAAGAGCAGUACUACCUCAGUUUUAUUGAAAGCGGACUUUUUGAUGGACUUCCAUUUUCUCUGGAAGUUGUAUUUUUGUGGUUACACGAGAAUAUUUUUACUUGACUAAAAGAACCAAAGGUUCUGCUUCUUAAGUUUCCUAAACAUUGGCAGAAGCAACACGCAAACCCUAAAUCUUCAAGGAAAACUGUGGUAUAAUUCUGCUUUAAUUUGUUUGAUUUAUACCUAAAGUAUUAUCUUACUUGUCUGGCAAGCACAGUACUUCUGUGUAAGGAACUAUCUUUUGCAUUAAUAUUGAUGAACCAAUUUUUUAAAACCUAUGUUUAAUUGCUAAAUUGCAGUUAAUACUCCACACUUUCUGGAGCAACGAUAUCGGCAUCUGAUGACAAAGUGAAUUCUUAAUGUGUUCUUAAUGACAACAGUGUAGAUGAGUCAUUUUUAGACUGAUUUGAUAAUAUUUGGAUAGGAGACAAUUUAUUAUUUUACAAUGCCUGUAUUGGGACUAUUUGCUUGUUGAAACUGUUGUGACUUAAAGGGAGUUUUAUUAACAUUGGUUGAAACUUUUUUGGUUAUUGAUGCUACCUUUUUUAAUUUCAGUAUGUCAACUUUUUUACACCUUUGGGUAAAAGGGAUGAUUGCCAAGGCUUUCUACAGAGCCAAGUAUUGGCUUAAUGAAUUUGAUACACUUCCAUUGCACACCUUUUAUUUUCAGAGCUUGCAUUUCAGGAUCACAAACCAGCUUCAAUUAAAAAAAAAAAAGAAAACAAAACAAACAAAAAAAACAAACCCUGGACAGUCAUCCAUAGCAUCUAAUGGCUUUGGUGAUACUGAGAUUUUAAAGCUAAAGGGAAACAGUUGUAAGUGAUGUGGUUGUUGCUGGAUCCAGGAUGGCAUGCUUUGCAUCUCUGCUGUGCCCCAGAGGGGUGAGCAGAGAGAGGAGGAGGAUCUGCCUGAAUCCUGUCACUGGCUUUGCUGGUGUGCAGCCUAUGCAGUAGCUUGGGUCUGAGAUCAUAAAUCACCAACAAAAUGUGGGUAUUGAAAACUUUUCAGAAAACAAACCCGUAAGCCACAGAUAGCAUCUCUCUCAUCUAAUAAAAGAAGAGUUUGGUCCAUGCUGCUUCUGCAGGCUCUUGCUAGGAGACGUGUUAAGCUGUGGAAAACAAAUGCCGUUCUAGAUGCAGCGGAGUCUGUCCGUUUGCAGGAGAGGAGCCCUGAACUUGUUAUAUUAUGGGCAAAUAUACCCAAAGCUUUGUCCUUGCUACUGUAACCUUCCCAGCUACCAUGGCACAAGCACUGUGGGGCAGCAAAACCUUGUUCUGAUUUGUUUAGCAAAGCAGGCCAAAGCACUUGUGCUGGUGUAAUUUAAUUUAUGGUAAGAUUUUUGCCGGUGCUAUUCUUUUUUUAAAAAAAAAAAGAAACAAAAAUUCCCCAGGAGAGGUUACUUUGUUAGCAAAAGUUCCAAAUGGAGAUGGAUUUGAUAGUAAAUGAAGACUGUAUUUAAAGUUCGAGACUGCUUGUUCAUUCAGCUAUUACAUGCUUUGUUCAUCACUUCUUUUUUUUUUUUUCCUAGAGGGAAUUUAGAAUGUCCAGAGUGUGAAAGCUCGCUAUUCAGAUCCAUAGGCAGCGCGUGCACGUGCGCACACAGUCGUGGCAGUGGCUGCUACUGAUUUGUACACUAACGUGCAGCAGCUCCAAAGGAUGAGGGACAGAGCUCUUUAAGGAAGGUGUUCAUCUUAUGGUCUGAAUGUGGAUUGCAGUAAGGAAAUGGGUUUGUAGCACAUCAAAUCUCAGCCCAUUUUAAUACAUCAAAUGUAAUACAGCUUCUUUUUAAAUAUGGUGGUGGUGAAUAUACUGGAAGGGAAAAACCAUUUUUCCUGUUGGGGAAGGGACGUACAAUUCUCUGUGGCUGAACUCCUAUGCUUUCAGGAUGAGAGGACAGCCCUGCUCUUGUUCCGCUGCUCCCAGCCUUGCAGGAGCAACUACCGUUGGGGAGAAUAUUUGCAAAAAUAGCCAAAUGAUCUAUCUAGCAAAGUACCGUCUAUUUUUAGUCUAACUUCAGUUUCUUAAUUACCAUUUACAGAACACAAGCCACACCCGUAUCAGUUUUACACCCCUGAACCAGGAGCUGAAGGUACAACUCUUUGACAGUGCUGAAAGUGAGAGAGGGCGUCAGACCUUCCCUUGGAUUGCCUGGUGAUUUUAUGCUCGUAAACAAGAAUAGACAGUACUCUGUAACGCUGGUGUACCUGUGUGGGACUGGUUUUUUUUUACGUGUUUUCUGAGAAGUCUUUAACAAUAUUGGAACCUCUGAAAAUAUGCUUGUUUAGUGGUUAAACUGUGAAUAUCUGUGGAACAGGCCAAAUACAUUCACUCUUCAUUUUUAUAUAAUUUAAACCUUUAUUGUGUAGGGCACAGGACUGCAGUGGGCAGUAAUGCCGAUGGAAUCCUUGAAACCAUUGCAACUAUUUAAUUUUUUAAAAAUUAGAGUAUGCAUUAGAAAACUUGAUGCAUGUGGUGAAUCUGCUGCAACUUGGGAUAAACAAUUAUAGAUAAUUAUAUAGAUAGUUUUAGUAAUAUACUGGAAAAACUGGUCUGACGUCCACACUCUGUGGCAUUUUAUUGCUUUCCCUUAUACGCAAAGAAAUACAAUUCCUGUAAACUUUACUCCCCAGGAAUAAAACACUUACCACCUGCACCAUACUAUAGUUUGCAACACCUUCAAAAUUUGGCUCCCAGAUCAGCUGGAGGCUCAGUUGUGCUAAUUUUUACUUGUGUGGGUGUGUUUCUGAGGUCAAAGAUUUAUUCAUUGAUUCAAGUAAGAAUUUGAAAGAUUCUGCCCGUGGUUAGCCAUAAAACGUGACCGAGGAAAUUAAUUGAACGCUGAAUUGUGAGUUUACUUGCUGCUGGUGCUAUUCCGUAUGGAGAAUUAUAGCUUUUUAAUACUGUGCAAUUGUAGUGAAAGAACCACGGGAGUAGUAAGUGAAGGUGUGGCAGGUGGCAUAAAAGCAGGCAGCUGCAGCCUGUGGCAGGUCGGUUGGCCCCAGGAGGAGCGCUGGCUUCCCCAGACUGGCCCAGCAGAUCCGCUGGUGAAUCAGCCUCUGAGCCACCGCAGCUCCUCAGCGAAGCACAUGUAAGACCGUGAAACAAGUUCACCCUGCUCUGCCGAAGGGAGUGACUCGGGUUUGGUCACAGAUAGGUGCAGCCUCUCUUCCCGAGGGCGGGGUGGUUGUCAGCUGAGGGUGGGUUGGAGUGCUGGGGGCAGCUGCAGCUUUGCCUCCCUGACUUUUAUUUCACUUCUUGUAUGUCUGUCAGGGCCUGAAGGACCUGUGGAUCCCAGGACAGGCGCUAGGCUGUCACCUGUGGUUCCCAGGCAUGGCCACGCACUGACUAGCGACCUUAGUUUUUUCAUGACACUGUCAGUGUAAGCAUCUUCCUUCCAGUUCUAAGCCUUGUUUCUGAAAAAACCCCAGCAAACACCAUGUAGUUAAUAGCCACCUCAGUGCUGAUGUAACUUGUUGGCUGAGGUUACGUCAUUCCCAUUCAUCGGCAAAUAAUAGUCAUUGUGAGCUUCUGGGUCUCACAGCCUUGUGUUCUGCAGUGUGAUCCAUUUUUAGAAGAUCCUUAGUAAACUGGGUGCCCCGUUCUUCCCUUGAGCUCACUCCGCUCAAAAUGCGUGCAUGUCAAUUUAGUCUUUCCUAUUCUAGAGGAAGAUGCUUAACCUGAAACUCAAAAUUCUUCAGGUUAAGUGUUUCAAUAUACAGCAAAAACUUAAAUACUGUUUUCAAAUAAGUAUUGAAAGUGAAGUGUCUGCUUGAAUUUUAUUGUGUGCAAACAAAACCACCAGUGUUAAAACUUUCUCUCUGGACUAUUGAAGAAUCUUUGAUUUUAUUUUGUCAGCUGAAGUGAAAUACAUGAGAUUGUAAGACAGAAAGCUGCAACUCCUUCACCAUGAAGUACAUAGGUAUCGCUACCUCUUAUUCUUAGACUUGAAUAGUUUAAGGUUACCAUCCUUUUCUCCCAGGAUUUUAUGCCUGGAUGAGUAAUCUAUUUUUUUUAAUUGACCCGAGUUAAGUAUUACCUUUUUGCCAUACUUUUUGGUAUACUGCUUUUAACCUGCAUGCAAUUGACCCUUUGAAGGGGAGCCAAGUCAAGCUGCAGGCAAGAGUGUCGGUCCUCCUGGGUGCUGGUUUUGGAGUGCAACAGAGUGACCGACUGGAGCUACGUGGCAUGUGGCUCAGGGGCUUUUGGCAUCGCACAUCCUCUUCCCUGGCUGGGCUGCCUGUACUGACAAUAAACGGACGAUGAAGCAGCUGCUCCCCGUCAGCCUUUUCAUUUGCCCUUGAGAAACUUGAGGAGCCCAUCUGAUGCAGUGCCAUAAGCGUAUUUUUCUUUUGAUGAAAAAUGCUGUGUUUUGUUCCGUUGGGCUGGGCCUGUGACACCCAGCAAAGAUGGGAGCUGCGGAAAUGCAAGGACUAUGCCCAUCCUUGUCCUCCCUGAGGUCAGACUUUUGCUCAGGACAAUACCCUUAUGCUUCAGUGAAGCUGGAGAGGUCUUGAGUUUCUUGGAGAUGCCGGAGUGGAUUCAGUGCUCAGUUGUAUUCAUUAAUGCAGUUGGGUGGAGUCGCUUCUUCAUGCAAUGCGUCCGCGUCCUUUGCUUUCCUCCCCCAAAGAAAAUGACAACACAGUUACUGUCACUGCGAGUCUCACCUAGAUGCUAUGCGGUAGCAACUGUUGCUACAAGAUUCUUCUUCCAGUUUGAGGGCUGUGUUUGGGGUGUGACUUCUUGCACUGUCUGUGUGGGCAUGUAGUCAAGAGGAGGGUGUGAGACAAUAGGUGAAAGGAGCGCAAACACGAGUCCUGCUAACAGCUUGCCUUAAAUCACUGAGGUGACAGCGGUUCCUCACUACUGUUGUAAUCCUCAGUCUUUUUGUAGAUAGGCUUUAAAAUCCAACUGGUUCUGGAGGUUAGACAACUGUAUUUAAAAAGCUUCUAUCUGCAUAAUUGCACUCUUGAGUUGAGCCCGUUCUGGAUUACGUCAUUUCACACACAGACAGAAAAAAACAUCUAUCUCUGCUGUUCUUGCUGUAAAGUGUUCCUUCCUCCCCCCCCCCC